AUAAUGGAGUUGUUUAAAUAUGAAGUAACAGCUGAUUUUGGGAUAACCAAUCAAAGUACAUGUGCUCUUUUCGCAAUUUGGGUUUAUGCAUCUAGUAACAUUAGUGCUACAGAUGCAAACCCGAAUAGCAGAAAAAUGUUCAACUAUUAGCUCUCCACUAAAGUUAAGUCCUCACAAUUAUACUUGAAAUGUCUUGUGAACAUGUAAAUAAAUUCUUCACUCAGAAGACAAAUGAGAUAGCAUACAAGAAUAUCAUUGAUUACCUUACAUUUCCAAAGUCUCAGAGGGGUUUUGCUCAUAAGGCAUCUCUGUGCUGUUUCUUGUGCAAAAUGGGGAGUGAAGAUAUCAAGAAUACCAAUAAGGAUUUCAUAAGACCCAAAUGUUUGCUUGCUUGUGCACAUUGUAUCCAUUUCGCUUGUUGGGAUUAUCGACAUAUAUAUUUACAUAGGAAUGACCAUCCUGACCACAUUCUUUCCGUUUGCACAGAACGUGGAGAAUUAUUUUGUCUUUGUUGUGGGGACUUUGUUUAUCAUUCGGUUGCGGAAGCUUUUCAUCAACCUACAUGCCGUUCCUACAUGGCUCAGUUUGGUUUGUCAAAUCAGCACUGGAGACCGUCAUUCAGUGAACUGACUUUAUUACCUCAUAUUACUCCAGUACUACCACUAUCAGUUAAUGCUAGCAGUAAAACUAUGCGCGGUCUUGUCAACAUGGGGAAUACAUGUUUCUUGAACGUUGUUAUUCAAGUACUAACUCAUACACCAGUUCUGCGAGAUUAUUUGUUGUCAGAUUUGCAUCGAUGUACCAGCCCAACAAGAUCCCGUAAUUGUUUGGCUUGCGAAAUGGUCCGCAUUACACAAGAGAUAUACAAACCUGUCGUUACUCCGUUUGUACCGAACAACCUACUUUAUGCUAUUUGGUUGCAUGCAAGCCAUUUGGCUGGAUAUGAACAACGCGAUGCGCACGAAUUUCUCAUAACCUUGUUGACAUUGAUACAUGGUCAUCUUGUCGGCGAAGUUUCAUCCCGUGAUAUCGAUGUUUGCACAAUUAACAAAGACAAGCAUGAUGAAGAUGAUCAGUGUAUGAAUACAAAUGGUUUCACAAGUGACCACAGUUCUAUUCCUAAUAUUGACAAGCCUACCAUUGAAGCUUCUGAAAGUAUUCCACAACCAGACUGCAGCUCACAGGCGUCCGUGUCUAGUUCUCGUGAAAGUUCUGAUUCUUGUGAUUGUAUUGUUCAUCAGGUAUUCUUCGGUGAUUUGGAAUCUGUAAUAUCAUAUGAAGGCUGUGAACAUAGGUCAUCUACAGUUGAUCCUUUCUUAGACUUAUCUUUGGAUGUGAUUCAACGUGGUUCUACAUCACUAGAAGCCUGUCUCACAUCCUAUUUCAGACCUGAGUCGAUCGAUGGUUUAAUUUGGUGUUCGCAGUGCAAUGUUGGUCGACCAGCUGUUAAACAGUUCAGUCUACUGCAUUUACCAAAUGUGUUAUGCUUUUAUUUAAAGCGAUGUCAUCAUGAUACGAAAAUAAAUACUUCCAUAACGUUUCCUGUUGAACUAGACAUGGCUCCUUAUUUACACCAGAUUGAAAAAGAUCAAUCGCCGUGGUAUAAUAAAUAUUCCCUUUAUGCUGUAUUGAAUCACAGUGGUCAGACUAAUUCAGGCCACUAUACAGCGUAUAUUCGUAUUGGUCCAGGUGCUUGGUGUCUAUGUGAUGAUCAAAAAGUUGUUCCAGUUAAUCUGAAUGAUGUCUUGCAUACAGAUGCUUAUGUGCUAUUAUAUCAUAAGAAUUUAUUAGCUGUAUGCAUUUAGGUUGAUUUUCAUUUGUUUUUGUAUCUUUGUAUAUCUUCCUCCACGUUAUAUUUGUCUAUGAAUUUAUGUAUGUCACCAGUCUAUGUAAUGCUAGUUUUCGACGCUUCUUCAUGUAUUAUUCAUGAUUUGCUUUUUGUUUAUGCAUUUUGAAUUAUUUUUUUCUUUCCUUUAUAAUGACAAUGCAUGAUGCCUAGUACUUAUACACACGUAUAUACACUUCUUUUGACAUUACCAGAAAUAACGAAAGUUAUAACAACCGUUUGUCUUUCAUAGUGACUAUUAUGAUUUCUAGGCUAUUCUCAUGUAUAAAUGUGUACUACAACACAAAUGUUUUUUUUAUUUAUUUAUGUGUACACAAACAACUAUUUUCUUUUUGUGUUUGAUUUCCUUAUUCUGUAUUAUUUACAAUUUGGUCGAUCUCUGACAGACACAGUGUCUCGCUCUGUGUUGUUUAUUUUGCUUAUCUCAUUAUAUUGUCACUUUUUCGGGAUACCGCCAAUUUUAAUUUCUUUACUUAAAUUGUUCUAUUUGUAUAUUAGGAACACUCAAAUAAUGUGAACUAUUUGUAUGUGUGUGUGCAUGUCUAUUUUGGUCUAAUUUUUGUUAUUAUCUUCUUGUAAUAAUCAUUUUUUAAUGAUGAUGAUACUAAUGAGGACAAUACUAGUGAGUGGUAUGGUCCGUUUGUUUAUUUAUUCUGUGAUAACAAAUUGAAGAUAUAACAGUGGCUUACUUUGCCAAUGGUCAGUUGUGUGUGGUGUAGCUGGGAUAAAACCCUCUCUCCACAUACGCGCAUUGCUUUGCAUCCAAAUAUGUGUAGAAGUAGCG